UCGCACGACCAUACCCUCAGUUGUAGUUUGAUCUUCAUAGAAAUAGGUCGUUACACGCUAUCAUUAUGGAGUGGUUCAGGAGGUACUUUGUGGUGAUAGCAUUAAUUUGCCCCUGGAUUAUCGUUGAAACACUGGCAGUGAGCGAUUGUGUGAGGCAUGUUUCGGAGUCAGCUCGAAACACGGUCUGUGACGUGCGGCAGUAUCGAGUAACGAAGGGAGUCGAGGCUGAUCGAUAUGUACAGUGUUUUAUGACUGCAUUAGGCUUUGCUGACGAGAGUGGAUCAAUUCAGAGAUCUAACGUUCUAACAGCGCUGGAUGCAGUAGAAACUCACGAUGGCGUUUACACCGACGCUGUGGACGUUUGUCUGUCCAAGGCAAAGAAGCUGCCCGGUACCGAACGCUCCGGCUCCUUCUUCUCAUGCAUGCUUCGGACCGAGUCGGCCCAAAACUUCCGAGAUGCUGUUGAGCUGCAGGAGCUGCGAGUGGCAUCGAAAUGGCCCGAAGGUGAACGGUUCGAUCGCUCCAAAGUGCAGCAAAUGAUGCGCGAGUUGAACAGCCAGUUACGGUGCUAAUAAAAUGGUGAAAUUCGGACGCAUCCCUGUGCUGGGCGAAUGUGAAUAGUUAUUGCGGUAGAAGAUUCCUUAGCUCGUUAAGGUUCUAAGCGUUUAGUAACGUCCGCGCAAAGACUCCUGCAAAGUAUAGCAGGUGUCAGCUUAGGGCGUAAUGGUCUUAACACACGUUGGCAUUUUAUAGGCUCAAUUAAAUGUCACU